CUGAGUAUCAAAACAAAGGAGCGAGACGGGCGGUCGCCGCUCCCGCUCGCCGGCCGGCCGGUGUCGCCGGUCUCGACGCGCCGCACGCACUCACGCCAGUUCGUGUUCGAACCGCGCUUAUUGAGGUCGUCCGCUGUGAGCUCGGUUACGAAGUUUAGUAACGCGAAAGGAUUUUCCUUUGUCCCGAUCCUCGAGGACCCUGCCCUCGUAUUAUGUUUCUACGCGAGAGCCGCGACCAGCCCCGGCCUACUGAGGAGCCGGAAAGCGCGCAGCGUGCUGAAUCGCGACGAAAUUUUGUCAGUUUUCCAAAAUUCUGUGACGGUUAUCCCGCGAAACGCGUACGCCGGGCGAUUUGAAAUUUUGAGUGAAGGUGUGAGAAGAAUAAUAUUUCGGCCACCGGACAGUGUAGUGAGGCCGUGAGUGUCCAACAAAUUAAAAAGUAGAGUGAGGACUGAGCACCAUGUCCACAGGCAAGCGACUGGCCAAGCGGUCCAUCAUCGGGACGCGCGUCGCGGCUUUGGGUGAUGACGGACUGUACUAUUCGGGGAUGAUCCACGCUGUGAAGACACCGGCGCCUUUCCCAGAGAACAACAAUUGCAUCAACUUGACUCCGAACACUCGUUACACAGUGCGCUUCGACAGUGUAAUGAUGAAGAACCGCGAGUACCGGGACGCCGAGCUGAUCGGGCCCGGCUUCCGGGGCAUGACCGGGGUGCGCCUCAAGGAAGGACAGCGAGUUUACCUCACUUACAACGGCCGGGAGGUGCACGCCGACGUCAAGCACCACGACUACAACACUGACGAACUGCACGUCCAGAUCUACUCUCCCACUUCUGAGGUGCGGAUCGAGUUAAAGAAAAAACUGGAUGACGUAAGGCUGCUGGAGUCACGGAAGUCAGCCAGGUUGGCAGAUGUGGACACAGACUUUGCUAGACUAGCAGACAUGGCCGGUGAUCGUCGUCGUUCCUCUGCAACCAUCGAAGUACCACCAAGCCCCGUACAAAGUUCACGUAAGCGCGGGCCUAGCAGCUCCUGCGACCAAGGCUACGGCGAGCGUGAUGAACAGAUGAACGAGUGCAAUGCUGCCCUCGUGCUGAUGUCAUUGAGCUGCUCCCCGAACUCACCGCGCCCCAGUGCAGGUUGGGGUGAUCGAUCAUCAGUGUCUCCAGGAGCCAGUAGCAGCUCAGACUCAUCAUGGCGCUCGGGCACACCAUCACCUCCACCAGCCUCUUCCUCCUUCAGCGACGAAGGAAUAGCAAUGGACUAUGAAGAGAUCCACCCACGUAAGAAAAGGAUAAACAGCGUUGUGUUUGUAUGUACCUGGCGGGGAUGCACGUACAGCACAAAUACUUGCUCAGCUAUUGAAGCACAUAUAAGAAACACACAUUUGGGGCCAAAGAAAGAAGGCGAUAGUGACCAUGAAGAGGAGUUUUACUACACAGAGAGGGAGGUGGCCGCCCCUGCACCGCCACCCACUCUCUCCCACCGAGACAUGUGUCGCCCACCGCAUGAGGAUCCUGAAUAUCAACGUCAGCUAGUAGGGUCAUUUAGACAAGGAUUACUGUCUACUAUGCAGAAUGGGACUGCACGGUCAGUAAAUAUUCCUGUUACUCAUCACUGGGUCAAUACGCAUUCGCCGAAACACAUGCGGUUAUCUGCAGCGAACGCAUCACCGAGCAGUCCAGGCCGACGACCACGUUCAGACAACAAGAAAUGUCGUAAAGUAUACGGAAUGGAUCAACGUGAUCUCUGGUGCACUCAGUGCAAAUGGAAGAAGGCAUGCACGCGUUUUGGCGAUUAGCGGUCGCGACGCUCGCAUGCAUAUGCGCGGGCAGGCCAAACAAAAUGAAUGCACAGUUGUAUUAAUGAUACAUCUAUUUACCCAGAAAAAAUGUAAUAUGACAAGACAUUCGCGGUGAGCGAGAACUGUUCCGCGAUUAACUCGUGAUUUAAUUGUAAGAAAAUUUAUAUUAUGAAUCAAAGUUUUUAUUUAUUAUAAGCAGAGACAGAUAAAUUUACAUAUAUUGGAUAAAAAUUAAUGGAGACAUAUUUUUGCUCUUUAUAUGUGGCUCGUGUUUUGACUGCUGCAUAAUGGACAUUGCCCACGUAUUUUUGUAGCGCAGUAGAUUCGCCUUAAUUGUGACGUAAAUGUGGAAUGCAAAAUCGUGUGACGCUCUCGAGCGGAGACUGUGAAUAUUAGAAUAUAAGUAGCUGUAAGUUUAGACUGAGAUGAAUAAUAACGUGUGAAACCAUUUUCCUUAACGAACGUUGACAGCGACGAGUAAUUUUAAUUACUGGUUACCUAUAUUACAAUGGCUUACUUUUACGGGAAAAACCGGUGUUGAUAAUAUUUAGAUUGAAUUUUAUCAUUUAACCGAGAAAGAUUGGCCAAUUCCGUCCACAUUUUCGAAUGUGCAGCAUCGAUUAUAUCGACCACGCCUCGUACAGGAUAAUGUUUUCACACCAUUUCUACUAUCCACAGAGUAUACCUUGUAUGCUCUGUCGUUCGACAAAAUGCUGUCGAAAAUACUUCAGUGAUAUAAAUCACUAAAUAUGAAAUGUAUAUUGACUGACUUAUUAGAUGAUAAUAAAAUAUAAUAUAUGAAAUUAGCCUAGUAAGUUAUCUCAGAUUCGACGAAAAGACUACUAACAUGUUUAGACUUAAAAUUUUUAUGAACAUAUCUGUGUUGUAUACAAUGAUGGUCCUACUAGAACAAGGAGACAAUACUCAAAAGAUGCUAAGCGCAUCCGCGGCGCGGGAGCUUCCCAUUGUGGUAUUAUCAACGACUCCUUUGCGUUGCCGUAUAAAUAUUACAGAACGAGUACAAGCAAGGCUAUGACGUCCAGGGAAAGGAAAAAAAAAGAAGGAAACAUCACGCUGUACAAUGUAAGAUGACUGCACACUUUAUGUACCUACUAUUGGAACGCGACAUGAAAACGCCGACACCGCGGCCUAAUGAAGACGUCGUAAAAACACUUAAGACGAGAACUGGACACAAUCGUGUCUUUUGAUACCUCUACGCAGACUGAAUGAGGACAGUCUAAACAACAUCACCAACACGUACAGAUUUGGAGAGGAAUGUGUAACGAGGACGCAGAAAUGCGAAGGAUUGGAAGGAAUGGCGAUUGCGAGAACUGCAAUAUUACUUUUUAAGUAUUACUGAAUUAACAUGUAAAUAAUAAUUAUACUAUAGUGAAUUAUAUAAAGAUAUUAUUCUGUAUCUACCUAUUUAAAAAUUGAAAGCAAUCUUUGGAUGUGUACAUAGAUAAAGUAUAAAUAUUAUUAUUGUUACUUAAUGUGAUUGUUUAAAUCGAACUUUUGUACGGCUUCGUAAUAACGAGUUUAUAACUUAUAGAUAUAAGGCACAGUAAUUAAUUUACAAGAACCGCCAUUAGUUUUUUUGUUUCGUCACCUACAUCACGGCAUAGUAAUAAUUAUUUGUGUUUGACAGUUACCAAGGUUUGUUGUUGUUGGUUGAUAGGUAGUUCUGGUUAUAAGUUAAAGAAUCACAAAAUGCUUUUAUUACUUAAAUAAAAAAUAACAGUACUAAGUUUACAAAUACUCCGAUACUCCGUUUUAUACCAUAGGUACGUAGGUACGCAUGUAAAAUUAAAAAUGUGCCAAUCGUAAAUGAUACAAUCACUGUGAAAUCAAUAUUAGACUAUUUUACACGUAAUGUGUUCAUGUGUGAAGAAUGUGCACUCGGAGCUAUUUAGUAAUAUCGGUGCUGAUACAAAUAACGCACAUAUUACAGAUUGUACUAUGUACCGUGUUCCAAGUCUAUUCGGUGUUAUACAAAUUAUUAAAGUACGAAUUCUACUGAUAUUAGAACCAUAUACGUAAAAACGAUACAUCAUAUUUCUUAAUCUCAUCCCUUAAACUGUAUAUCAAAUUAUUUUAGAUCUGAUCAUCCCAAUAGAAUAAUUUUCUAAGCCCAAAAA